AUGCUCGCCCCCACCAUCGCCAUUAUCGCCCCCGGUGCCAUGGGUGCCGCCGUUGGUGCCCGUCUGGUUCGAGCGGGCUGCUCUGUCCUCACUUCCCUCGCCGGCCGCUCUCCCGCCUCCGCCGCGCGCGCCCGUGCUGCCGGCAUGGUUGACGCAACCCUCCCCGACAUCUCGCGCCGUGCCGACUGGGUGUUCAGCAUACUUCCCCCAAGCUCUGCGCUCGCGUUCGCGGAGAGCUUCAAAGCCGCUCUCGUACGGGAUGAAGACAGGAAGGGCAAGCUCGCGUUCGUCGACUGCAACGCCAUAAGCCCCGAGACGGCGAAGCGGGUCGCGAAGGUGUUCACCGGGACUGGCGUUCGGUUUGUGGACGCGGGUAUUGUGGGUGGGCCGCCGACGGACACAUACAACCCCGCAUUUUACGCCUCCGCCGAGGCUGAGGACAUGGAUCUACUCGACGCGUUUGUGGGUUUGGAGAAGUACGGGUUGAGGGUCGAGCCAUUACGCGGCGAAGGUACCGGUGUGGGUGAUGCAAGUGCGCUGAAAAUGUCGUAUGCAGGGAUCACCAAGGGUUUUCUGGGCAUCGCGACGACCAUGAUCCUUGCCGCGCACGCAUCAUCCCCCGCCACUGCCGAGGCGCUCUUGCACCAGCUCGGAGAGUCACAGCCAGCCUUCCUGGCGCGCAUUGCUGGCGGCAUCCCCGGCAUGCUCCCGAAGGCGUACCGCUGGGUGGGUGAGAUGGAAGAGAUCUCGACGUUCGUCCGGGACGGCGUAGGCGAGGGCUCUUCGCAGAUCUAUGACGGGUUCGCCCAGACGUAUGCCAAGGUCGAAGAAGCACUGCCGGACGGCAAAGAAAUCAAGGUGCUCAAGGGGUUUGCGGAGGGCGGGAAGGCUAUUCUAAACAACUCCGGAGGAUUGAAGUGA